UCGGAAGAAGCGGAGGAGCACUUGCGCGAUGUGGAGACUUUGGCCAGGACGGGAGUGAUGGUUGCCAUCGAGAGGGAGUUGGUGGGGGUGGUGUCCAUCGCGGAUCCAGUGAAGCCGGAAGCAGCCAGAGUAAUCAGCAUCCUCAAGUCAAUGGGCGUGCGCAGCAUGAUGGUCACGGGGGACAACUGGGGCACAGCCGUGGCGAUUGCGAGGGAGUUGGGAAUCGAGAGGCCAUGCGUGCACGCAGAGUCGUUGCCAGAAGACAAGGCCAGGAUCGUGGAAGAAAUGCAGGCGGCAGGGACGUCGGUGGCCAUGGUGGGGGACGGCAUCAACGAUUCGCCAGCGUUGGUCGCAGCGGACGUGGGGAUGGCGAUAGGAGCGGGGACGGACAUCGCGAUCGAGGCGGCGGACAUCGUGCUGAUGAAGAGCAACCUGGAGGACGUGAUCACAGGGAUAGACUUGUCACGGAAGUCGUUCUUCAGGAUCUGGCUGAACUACGUGUGGGCGUUGGGGUACAAUGUGCUGGGCAUCCCCAUAGCUGCGGGGGCGCUGUUCCCAAGCACGGGGUUCCGGUUGCCUCCGUGGGUGGCGGGUGCAGCCAUGGCGGCGUCAUCGGUGUCGGUAGUAUGUUCGUCGCUGUGGCUGAAACGCUACAAAAGGCCGAAGGUGGUGGAGGAGAUAGACACGAGUGUACAGCGGUAGUAGGCGCGGAGCACGUUCCAGUGCCUUCUCACAGUUUUGCGAAGCAGAUCAGUUUUGCACAGCGUCUUCGGGGAGCUGUAUUUCAGGCGGCGCCCGCUCGUGCCUGGGCUCAGGGGCGGGUGUCGCCUCAAACACAGCGCUCUGGGUGACAUGUAAAUAGAUAUAUUUUUUUUUCAUUUUAUAGUAUUUGUGUUCACCUUUGAUAAUUUUAGGGUAGGAUUUUUUAUUCAUUCAUUAGUUUAUUUUGUUGUGGGCAUUUUUAUUGAUGAUUUUAUUUUGAAUAUUUUAUGUAUCUUAAAAUUCUAGUAAUUGAUACUCAAAUCAUUAUAUAAUUCGAAUUAAAUGGGAUUCAUCUACAGAUACUUGUAAUUUAAUACAAUUUUUCUUGUUCAA